GCUAGCUAAAUACCAAAAUUCGUAAUACGAUACAGUAAGUUUAGCUUGGUGCCUCUUUUAAGAAACAGAGCUGUCUUCCAUACGUUUUCAGCUCGGCCUUGAGCUGUCAGCACUUUGGACCCCGUGCCCUCCUCCAGAAAAAUAUGGCUUCGCUGAAUAACGACGAUUUUUUCUCGUUGGCCGAGGAGAAGUUUGACUUCGACCUCUCCCUGUCACCUGCAAGUGAGAAGGGGGGCGAGGAUGACGACAACGAGGUGUUUGUGGGUCCCGUGGGGCACAAGGAGAAGUGCAUCUCGGUGGGCAUCGAGAGCCGCACGAAGGAGGGCAGCAGCACCAGCAGCGGCCUCUCCCUGGGCGUGGAGAUGGGCAGCUGGAGCCCCCUCACGGGGGACAAGUUUGAGCAGAUCGUCAAAGAGGCCCACCUGGUGGCCCACCAGAUCAAGAGGAACGACGACGACGGCGAGGCCUGCGGCGGUGGGCGGGCCGCUGGGAAGGAGAAGGAAGAGGAGGCCGUGCCCGCCGCCGAGGGCAGCGCGGCAGAGUGCUUCGCGGAGGACGCCGCGGCCAAACUGAGCGCGCUCGGCGGCCCGCCGGCAGCGCCGGCCGCACUCAGCCCCAUCAAACGGGAGACCUUCUGCAUCCAGGACAGCCCCCUCAAACAGCUGCCGCCCGCCAUCCAGCGGCGCCUCCUGCAAGCUGGGAAGAGCAGCAGCCCCGCAAAGCCCGCGGCGAAAGCUGGCGGCAUGGCCAAAGUGGCCCCUGCUCAGCCCAAAGUCGCUCUGAGAGGGAAAUCUGCCCUGUCCUGCAGCAAGGAGGUGCUGCCCAACCGGCCCACUGUUCCCGCAGUGAAUCAGCGCUCCGCUAACGCCAGAGCGAACCCUCCGGGCAGAGCGAACCCUCCGGGCAGAGCGAACCCUCCGGGCAGAGCGAACCCUCCGGGCAGAGCGAACCCUCCGAGCAGAGCGAACCUGCCCCCUCCUAGCAAGGGGAAGGUGGGGCGGAAGCUGAGCCCCUGCGGCCGUCGGCUGAGCAGUGCAGGCUCCUCGGAGGACCUCCUCUCGGACACGGCGAGCGUGGCGUCCGACGUCAGCGACUCGUCCUUCAACACCAGCCUGCCUGGGAGGAGGGGUCUCCCCGCUCCCAGCAAGGCAGGGCUCCGGGCACCUCCCGCCAUGAAAGCGCCACCUCCGCAGAGCCGGCGGACCGUGGACAGGAAGAACACGUCCUCCUCCUCUUCCUCGGUGUCCAGUCUGAACUCCAGCCUGUCCACCUCGCCCUCGGCCAGAGGUAAAUUCAACACCUCCCUGAGCUCGGGUGCAAGUGCGGCGAAGGCUCGGGUGUCAAGCAGCUUGAGCAGGCUGCCCGGCUCCGGCCUGACCUCCGUGAGGCCCCGGGCAUCCUCCGCUGCGAGCCGAGCCCCGGAGACGGCGACAGCAGGGAGGCCGUCUGCCUCGGCGGCGGGCAAGAAGCCGGCCGAGCCCCAGCCCAAGCCGGUCAAGUCCACCCCUGUCAGGAGACAGGACCCCGCCCCUUCGCAACAGACCCCCGCCAGUCGACCCCUGUCGAGGGCCGGCUCCGUUCCCAGCCUCCCCUCCGCCUCGGCAUCGGCCAUCAAGCCCGGAAGCGUCGUCCAAGCCAACGGCAAGCCCAAGGCCUUCGUCGCCCCGACUCCCACGAAUCAGGUCAAGGGACCGCGGCGAUCAGAGGCUCCUUCACCUGAUGUGCCGAAGAUGAUGAAGCCAAAAAGACUGAUGUCUGCAGGCAGUGCUGGAAGCCUCCAUCAGAAAGCGGAAGUCUCCCGCACGCCCCCCGAGAGGUCCAAGUCCGUUUCGGCGCAGGUCCGGCGCUCCUCCGCCCUCCCCACCCCGGUGAACAGGCGGAUUUCGGGAAUCCCCAUAAUGACUCCCAAGAGUAUGAAACCCGGUCUGACCGCAGAGCGGCCGCAGCUUCCAGCGUCGGCCAGGAAGAUCAGUCAGGGGAGCCCCUCUCAGAUGAAGCCGGCCCAGCAGUCAGGCACUUCAGGCCCUGAGCCCGCUCCCAGGGAAGGUUCCUCCUUCCAGCCCUGCUCCCUGGUCUUCUCCCUGGAGGACGAGCCCGAGGGAGUGGCCAGCACCGCCCACGCCCCUGACACGCCUGAAGACACCUCCGCCUACACCGCAGAGGGUCCCUCUGGGCACGGCUCGGAUGACCAUAGAUCCACCGAGCACAGCACAGAACAGGAGGUGCCUGAGAACAGCAGCAUGGACCAGAUUUCUAAAGAAACGAGCACCCAGCAACAGGAAGUGCCUGAGAACAUCAGCAAGGACCAGAAUCCCCCAGACAUUAGCACCGAGCAACAGGAAGUACCUGACACUAGCAGUAGGGACCAUAGCACCCCAGAACACAGCACCGAGCAACAGCUUCCGCCCAGCCCUAAGCAAUUCCAGACACCGCAGCGCAGCGUGACCAAGACUCCCCAAAACAAAGAGGUUUUACUGGUGGAUGCUCCGGCUCCAGUGUUGAGGCCAGAGGACAGGCCUCUCAUUGACCUCUCUAACACUCCCGACCUGAUCAGAACAGUCCCACUGAAGCCCUCUGGUGGACAGCUAAUUGACCUGAGUUCUCCGCUUAUUUCCUGGAGUCCCAUUGACAAGAAGGAGAAUGCCAUGGACAGCGCCCCCCUCAUCAAUCUGUCCUUUUAAUGUCAUUUACUGUAUUUAGUUUCAU